ACGUGACCUUAUUAUCAUAGUCGCCAUUUUGCCGACAAGAGAAAGCGAAAAGAAAGCCCUCGAAAAAAUCCUGUAAAAUCUCAGCCAAAUAUUCAUUUAGGUUUUAUCAUAGUUAAGGAUUUUUCUACCCAGACGAACGGACCGCAGUAAGUUGGAAGUUUCAUUUGCUAAGCGUAUAAUUCUUCUGAGUUAAUCAUUAGUCAACGGCCUUUUGUUUUCAUGUCACGUCUUGCAGAAAUUAGAUGAUUUUUACAAAUUAUAACUUGUGGAAGUGAAUAUUAUUGUUAUUAUUUCAUAGAUACUCUUGAUUUCUUAGCUAUGCUGUUUUUGAGAAAAAUUUGACGUCUUAUUUUACCUAGCACCAACAUUCUUUUGUUGCAAUGCAAAAAUUUAUGUUACUAGCUUUAAAUUUAUAUUUGGGAAACCUGAAUCAUAAUAUUUCAUAUAUAUUAUAUUUAUUUAUUUAAUCUCUUUGUUUGCUGUUAGAUUGAAUAAUCAUUAAAAAUACUGAUAGUGUUCUUAUACCCUGAAGGGCAAUUGUGAUUCAUAAGUAUUCUUCACUUAAACUAUACUCUCAAAUCAUUGAUUUAUCAAAAUAUAGUAAAUGUUUCGAUUACAGCUAGCUCGGACCGUUCUUUUGGGCGACAAAAAGCGCAAUUCAAAUGAUUCAUUUCGGACGAUGUCUACAAACAGCGGGUUAGGCUCCGGCCAGGGGAAAAAUAAAGGAAAAUAUACUAGUUACAACAUAAAUUCAAUUUAUAAGGGAACUAGCGUACCACAACAAAAAUCUUCAACCGGACAAAGACAACAUGGCAUGCAAAGUUUGGGCAAAGUUGCCAGUACAAGGCGUAUGCCUCCGCCAGCUCAAUUGCCCAGCUUAAAGAGUGAAAGUUUUGGCAACGAUCCGAACAUAACUUUAGUACCGACAGGCAGAUCAGGAUGGGGCGAAAAAACCGCUCCGAAUCAACCGACGACUACGGAACAGAGUCGUUCACCAGUUCAAUCGUCAUCCACCACGAAACCGACAGAUUCGUCUCAAGUAUCCUCCGUAUCAUCUUCUCAACCGAUCCAGCAACCACCCGCCCCUACGAGCGUUGCUGCAUCUGUGGCGGUAUCAAGCCCGGCCCAGUCAGUUCAAAAGUCGUGGAGCAGUGUUACAAUAGGAAACAGGAAAAUGAAUAUUCAUGGAAAUCGCUUCGAUCAACAGUCGGCAGCCUUUGCCCAAGAAUUUCCCACGUUGGAUACAGAAAAGGAGGACGAGGAAAAUGCUGGUCCGAGUUUACGUCCACAAAAUGUAGCAGUCUGGAGAGGCGGCGGUGGAAGGGUCAUGGGAAGUGGAGGAGAGGAAGACGGUUCAAAUGGAGAUGUCAGUGCCCCGGACCGCCACCGGAUUCCAUCGGUUGAGGACGAUGGUAGUGGUUUGCAGCAAAUGCAAAGGAACAUGAUGCCGUCAAAUAUGCAGGGGAAUUAUGGAAGGCAUAUGAUAAUGUCUCAAUCAUUCAACCCCCCUAGACAUUAUAACUAUCCAAUGCAGGGUGUUAGAAGCUCGCAUUUUUCACAAACUCAUUUUGAACCAAGGCAAUUCAGUGCUAAAGAUGAACACGGCCCAACUAUAGUUAAAGAAAAAGAAAUUGAGGAACUUGGUAAAAAAGCUGAAAGCAGUGGAGAGGGAAAAUGGGCUGAUCAAGGAGGAGAAGUAGAUUAUAGCGAAAAACUCGUGUUUAGCGAUGAAGAAGAAGAAAAUGAUGUUAAAAGUAAAAAGGAGCCUGAAGCUAUUAGCAAUCGUCAAGAGAUCCCUAAGCGGCCGACAAAUGCUGUUUCACGAGAAGCCUGGGCUCCACAAUACGGAAUGAGACAAUCAAUGCCUGACAGGCAUUGGGCAAACGCUUAUUAUCCAAUGCCAUCUCCUCAAGUACCUUCUAACGCGGACCUCGAUAAUGAAGAUGACAAGUAUUAUAAUGAGAAAAGGAAAGCUCAAAGGGAACAUUUCGAUGAAAAUGUCACAAGAGCACGAAAAAGAAAAGAAGAACUUGUUAAGAAAAAACAAUCAAGCGAGGAAUAUUCAACCUCGGAUGGACGAGAUCGCACCUUCAGUGAUGGCAGCGACAAAUCUAAAGGAAAGAGCACUGGAUCAAAGUCUGGAUCGCAAAGAUACCAAAGACAAGACCCUAAUUUCAAUUCAGGAUCCCGAGGUGGAUGGUCAGGGUCAGUUUGGCAUCAAAACAAUCCAAGUGGUGGACGUCAAAUUAGUUCUCACCAAGGCGAUCAAUCUGACAAUUAUCGUGAAGAGGGUGCCAGUUUUCAACAAGAUCCAUUUGAUGAGGAUAGGCGGACAGUAUUGCUAAGAAAGCCAGCCUCAAAUGAUAAAAAAGAAAACAGAAAACCCAAAGAGGACAGUCGAAACAAGUCAGGAGACUCGAAAGCUAAGGGACAUAUAGCACCGGUUCCAGUACCUCAAUCUGGAACAGAGCUUGAGACAUACAGAGGCAAACUGACGUCUCUAAAAUUUAAAACCUCAGCGACCUCAGAGAGAAAGCAGCUUGAUUCUGAGAAAAGAAAUACUGAGAAGAAAGUUAAAGAACCUCGGGAAACUUCCAAGAGGGAGCAAUCAGAAAAAGUCACUGGACCCGUUUCCAAAGAUUCACCUAAGAAGGAGGAAAAAAAUGAACAAAAAGAAAGGAGGGAAGAAGAAAAAGAGAGGAAAAAAUCUGAAAGACGUCUUUUUAAAAGACAGAAAGACGAACAAAAUACGAAGUCAACAGCAGAAUCAACAGAUAAAAACGGAGGUCGUGGCUCCAAUCGGGCUCGUCGUGGCUCUAGUCGAGGCAAUAGUGCCAAUACAUAUUAUGAAUCAAGACAGAGUUACGGCAGAGGGAGAGAAUUUGUUAGAGGAGGUCGGGCAAGGCCAGCCACAUAUAGUGCUAGUGCUUCUAGUAGACGUCGUCGAGACUAUAAUAAUUACUAUUAUGAGCCUGAAUGGCCAGAGCCUAGCCCAGCACCUAAAAGAAGAGAAAGAAAGACGAAAGAUUCUGAUAAAGGAGAACGAUCCCAAAAACCGAAAUCGGAACGAAAUAAAGUUGAGAAAUCGGAAAAAUCUACACAUAGAGAUGCCGAUGUUAAAACUAAAGAUGAAGAAAAAGAAAAGAAGAUUGCUGAUAAGCCCAAAGAUGAUUUUGUUGUAAGAGGAGAGCCCAGUAGGCGUGGCAGGGGUAAUGGUAGAGGCUUUCGCGGAAGUAGGUCAGAUCGAGGCCGAAAUAACGAAGAAACGAGAGAGCCUGUAUCCACAAGAAAUUCGAAAUCAGUAAAAGAUUCUGGAAGAAGUGGAGGACGUUCUGGCAGAGGUAAAAAUACUUCUGAAAGACGUGGAGGUGGUCGCUCUUCUAAGAAUUCCGUUAAGAAACAAUCAUCGCAUGACGUUGAUGAAUGGGAAACUGCGUCAGAAAGUAGCGUUGCAGGUGGGGAAAAAAAACAAAGAGAUAUUGGAGGCGAUAAAGAAUCUGCUGGAGGAAAGAAAACAUUCACUAGCCAGCGUCCCCCAAACGGGAUAGCGGGAAACGGUAAGCGCGGCAGCCGUGGCCCGCUCCAAACAGAUGCCGCCGUCUCUCGGAUAAGAGAACAAAUCCGACAAAACCCCUCUACUUCUGUUAAUUCGUCUGCUACAACAAACGCACCAAGUCAGAGUAUGGGAAAUAAAGUAGAUGCUUUGGCAAAUAUUGAUUUAAACAAUAUAGCUUCAGUAGUUGUUGUGGACCAAAUUCCAGACGGUGGGGGAGUAGAAGAGGAUGGAGAUUUAGAUGGCGAUGGCGAUUUUCAAAGAGUAACAUAUAAAAAACAACCAAAAGCUAAAGGACAAUCAGUAGAAUUACAACCUCAACCCGUCAAAAAAGAGAAGAAAGAUGUAGCAACGAAGACAAAAUCUAAAACGGAGACGAAAAGAUUGACCAAGUUACCUCCAAGAUUAAGACCAAAAGGAAAAAAAAAAACUGAGAAACCGCCGAAAGUUGAGUCCAAGUCACCCACUCAACAGCCACAACCAGUUACACCAGUAGUUGUGAGCACAAGCAGUAGUAGCACAACUCCUAUAGUGAUGCCUAAAAUUGAAACUUGGGAUAACAACAUGGCGGUGAACAUCCCUAAUACCGCCACGUCAACGUCAAACUCAACCAAUACAACUAUUCAGCAGCUUGCUCCUGCUCCAGCAGUUAAUGCUUGGGAUAAACCAAUUAAAUUUCACACUGUUAAAGAAGAAUCACCGAAGAGUAAACCUGAAAAGGUGGAACCUACCGAAAAAGUCUCUUCAAAAUCUGGAAAUUCGACAAAGCAACAAGGAGAAAGUGGACAAAAGAAAUUAAAAAAUUCAAGACCACCAAGACCACCAAGAAUGACGAAAACCAGAAGAAGUGACGAAAAGAAGAAAACUAACAAAAUUGCUCCUAUUGUACUGCCUGAUAAUUUCAAUGACUCUUCGAACGUCGGUACGUUCACCUUUGGUUCAACAAUCAGCGAAGAAAAAGAAAAAGUUGUAGAAGAAGUCAAGUCAAAAGGGGAGGAAAAAGUUCCCAGAGGCGAGUCUCCAAAUGAUGAAAUAUUAAAAUCAAAUAUUGCGGCUGUGAAAACUGUUUGGGAAAAGGAUUGUUUCUAUCAGCCAACGACCGUAUCAACAACUGUAGCUGAAACAAAAGUAGAAGCUUCGAAUGCUGGUGUAAUAAAUAGCGCCUUGGCAGUGGUGUCAGCACCGCAACCGGCGUACGAUGUAACACCGUCUUUGAAAUCUCCUCACACUGUUGCUGGUGAACCGACAAAUGUCUGUAAAGUUCGACCGCAGCCCGUGCCUAUGACGAGCUCAACAACAGUAUCGCCUCCGAUUCCUUCACAAGUACAGUACUUUCAGCAUCCGCAAACGCAAGCAAAUGCUUAUCAACCACCAACGUUUCCGGCACCACCUCAACAAACAACUACAGCAAAUGUCUAUCCUCAAGAAUUCUAUCAAUACAGACAACCUCAACAACCCCAGCAAGCACCUGCUCCGCAUUUUGGAAAGUCUCCAGCUCUUUCAUAUGGACAGUUAGUAAACAGUGCGCCACAACAAACGCAAUUACUUUUGCAGUAUGACACUGGACAGCCUUUAAAUCAUAAUAACCAACACUCAAAUAUAAUUGGGUCUAAUUUGGUUCGACAUAUUCCUCCACCUCACCACAGUUCUUACUAUUCCCCAACUACUCCGUUUUAUCAACAGCCUGGGGGUAAUUCUAUUCAGGCUCCAAUUCAACAACUAUCUGCUACCCAAUACAAUUUUACCUCUCCGUUCUCUCACCAAACUCUACAACAACAGCAAAUGCAAAAGCAGCAUCAUCACCAACAGGCUUUUUCUUUGAAAUCUCCCCCUAUACAAACUCAUCAGCCAUCUCUUUUCGGAUCGGUAUCCACUUCUUCUGCCGGAGUAUCUCAUUCGACAAAUGUUUAUAAUGCAAAUGCAUUUCCAACGACAAAGCCUCCUCCUAUGCCCCAGUCCAUGCAUGCUACAAAUAUUAACAUACCACCACCAAACUAUCAUCGACCCCAAAGAGUUACACCAAGAGGUAACGGUGCAGGAAUGAUGAGACCAGGAACGUUGAUGAUGAAUAUGGGAAAUACGCAAAGAGUACCUUUUUCAUUGACUCCACAACAACGUGCCACUGGUCAUUUCCGAAAUCAUCCGCAGAAUCCUCCCUCAACAGGUGGUUCUUCUCUAAUAAAAGAACAACAAGCUCGACAGCGACGAGAGCUGCUCCAACACGCACAAAACUUCCUGAAUACAACUCCUGGAACAUCUAAUAUAGCUUCAGAAGAGACUGUCCCCGAAAUUGCUGAAAAAGUAGACGAUGUUGUGGCGGCUCCUGUCGAAAUUGAAACCGCUUUAGCUGAAAUUGAUUCAACUCCAGUUGAGACUCAAUUACCGAGCACUGAAACAAAAUUGGCGUCAAACUAG